ACUGAAAAUAAACACUUGCUAAAUUAAGGACAUUUAUUGAACUGCGCAAAAUGGAGCAUCAAUAUGGACUGGAACUCAAACAUUAUCAACUGACAUGUAAUGAAAGGAACAUAUAUAUAUUAAAUAUUAGCACAGGGACUUUUAGUGUGUGAAAUAAAAGAAAAUGCACAAUACUAAAACCAAUGAGAAUGGCUGUCAUUGAUUGAUGACAAUUAACUGUGUCACACUCUGGCCCUAAAUGUUUGAGGUCCUCUCCUGGGAAAAUUCUCACUACAUAAAACAUCCCAGGCAAAAAAUUGGGGAUGCAAAUAACCGAACUAUAGCCAUAGGAUAGCAGCGUGGCAAUCCUAGCUUCGUAUUGAACUGUAUGCUAAACAGUCCCUCGUGGAUUAAAGGAUCAAAGAUACUACGGCAAAACAUAACUCGUCAAUGGCACGGGAAGCUUACAUGACCGUAUGCCUCCAGGAGAUUUUUGUAACAUGGGUCUAAACAACCGUCUUUAUUUCACACUCAGAUACAACAGGUAUUGAAAUUGGGUGAAGUCCUUACAGAUCUUCGUAAACAGAACACUGGGACUUUUCAAGGAGACCACUUACCGGCUCAUCAAGAAACAUAAUCAACAUUAAUUCCUAAUCUCUGCUCCGAUUCAAAUGACAAUGGACAUCCCUUCGCAGAUCUACAUUUCUUUGGAAGCGGUAAUUGGAGUGACGGCAAUUAUUGGCAAUUGUUUGGUUUUAAUUGCCAUAUUGAGAUUUCCCAAACUCCAGACAAUUACCAAUUUUUUUAUAGCUAGCUUAGCUGUAGCUGACAUGCUAGUGGGCAUCUUUGUAGCACCUUUAGCAGCCCUUAGCUACUUAGGGCUGCCUGAAGAUUACCUUGGAUGUGUGUUUACCAAUUCUAUAGUCGUUGUAUUGACUCAAAUUUCUAUAUUCAAUUUAGUGGACGUGGCCAUAGAGAGAUUCAUUGCUAUAAAAAAUCCAUUCUUUUAUCAAGAACACAUGACAAAAAGAGUUGCAGUGAUUAUGAUCACCAUCUCCUGGGUGCUUGCAAUCGUUAUUGGACUUGUUCCUGUGUUCGGAUGGAACUUGGGACCAAUGAAAGACAAUAAGUGUGCUUUUGUGGCAGUUAUAGAUUUCAACUACAUGGUGUAUUUCAACUUCUUUGGAUUUGUUCUAACACCAUUAAUCAUCAUGUUUCUGAUUUACUCCUACAUUUUUUACAUUGUUCGCAAACAAAUGGCCAAAAUUUGUGCUUUAGAGGUCAUGCAGAAGUCUGAAACACAAAAACUGAAGAGUCGAUUUAAGCGAGAAGUGAAAGCAGCCAAAUCACUAGCUGUUGUUUUUGGGGUCUUUGCUCUUUGCUGGCUGCCAAUUCACAUUCUAAACAGCAUAUCGCAUUUGUGUAAAACGUGCAACUACCCCAUAAACCUUUUACUAGCAGCCAUACUUUUGAGCCACAUCAACUCCACAGUCAACCCUUUCUUGUAUGCCAUUGGAAACAGCCAAUUUCAAGUUGCUUUCAAGAAGAUGUUUUGUGGCAAGUCCUCUGUUAGUAAUCUAGACGACGAGUUUACCACAGUUUCAAGGUCAAGACCCAGAGGUCAGAAGAAAAGUGUCAAUAAGACACCCUUGCCACGUACAUCAAACGAUGAAUAUGUUAACAAUGGUUUCACGGAAUCCAACAGUAAUGUGCAAGAGCCCAACACACAGAAUGGGCGAGUCUUUCAUAUAACUACAUAACAUGUGAAGCUAUUUAUAGUCUAAUGAUGUUGUAUUUUUAUAUUUCAUUUUAAAUCCUUCUCCUUUAUAUUGUUGAUUGUUUGUUUUUUUUAUAUAAAAUGUGUUGGACCAUAUCAUGAUAUUUUUUUAAAUGUUAUUAUGAAUAAAUGUUAUUUAUAAACUUUU